AUGGCUCGCCAAAAUUUUUUAGGCUUGGUCGUCUCCCAAGGGAAGAUGCAAAAGACGGUUAAAGUACGUGUAGAAACAAAAGUCUUUAAUAAGAAAAUCAACAAGGAGUUAUUUCAUAGAAGAGAUUAUUUAGUGCAUGAUGAAGGUGAAAUAUCAAGGGAGGGUGAUUUAGUAAGGAUAGAAGCGACGAGGCCGCUUUCAAAGAGGAAGUUUUUUGCCAUUGCAGAAAUUAUUAGAAACAAGGGUCAACAAUUUGCAUUAUACGAAUCAGAAGCUCAGUUAAGCGUUGCAAAAGAAGAAGCCCAAAAGGCAAAAGAAUUUUUGGAUAAAAGAUCAGUGAGGGAGAAUAAACUAAAUGAAAAAACAACCCUUUUACGUGAUAUUAGGACCAUCCAAGAUGCUUUAUCUAGCGGGUCAACGCCGAAAGAGUUAUUGGAGAUUAAACAAAGGUACGGCAUUCAAGAUUUUUCACAAGAAACAGUGAGGCAACUUUUACAGUUAGACAUCUCUGGAUUGGAGGUUAAUUUGGAGAAACAAAGAAGUCUCAUUGAUCGUAUUCAAACGCGAUUAUCCGAAUUGUUGUCGAAUGAUCUAAAAUGUGAUCAAUUUUUGAAGGAUCAUGGUGUUGAGGAUCCUUUGACCUUGAAAAAAAACAUCAAAAAAAAUUUGUUAAGAAAGCACGUCAUGAUGGAUAUGCAACAACCAAGCCAGUAA